CCCCGUCUGAAAAUUAUUUCUCACCCUCACUUCUCUCUUACUUUUUUCCUUUUCUUUUUUUACGAUCGAUUCAGUUUAUGCGCAUCUUAACAAAUUUUCUUUUCAAUUUAAUUAAAGACAAAUUAUUCAUGUCAAGAUUACAAAAUUCAAAAAAUUUUAUUUUUUUGCAAUCAAACCCCAAAUAUCGAAGAAUGAUCAAAUGUGUGACAGAAAACUAACCAACCAACCGAGAUUAAAGUGGUUCUCCCUUUUCUCUCUCUCUCCUCCCUUUUUUCUCUCUCAAGAAAUGCCAGACAGGAGAGACAAGAAGACCAGCUUCAAGUGGAGAAAUGUGAGCCCACACUCUACUCCAUAGCCCCCAAACCCAAAAAACCCCCCUCCAAAUCAAAUCUUCACCCCCAAAGAAAAAUGAAACCACCUUAUCUCCUCCCCACCGCCACCCUCCUCCUCCUCUCUCUCCUCCUCAUCCUCUCUUUCCUCCCCCCCACCACCCCCGACCUCUCCUCCGACCGCUCCUCCCUCCUCCUCCUCCGCUCCUCCCUCGGCGGCCGCGCCCUCCUCUGGAACAUCUCCAACCCCACCCCAUGCCUCUGGACCGGCGUCACCUGCUCCAACUCCUCCUCAUCCGGCGGCGUCACCGCCCUCCGCCUCCCGGGCAUGGGCCUCUCUGGCCCACUCCCCCAAGACCCUUUCCAAAACCUAACCCAACUCGUCACCCUCUCCCUCCGCUACAACGCCCUCUCCGGGCCCCUCCCUCCCUCCCUCUUCUCCUCUCUCUCCUCCCUCCGCAACCUCUACCUCCAACGGAACCUCUUCUCCGGCCCCAUCCCCUCCUCCCUCCUCUCCCUCCCCACCCUCGUCCGCCUCGACCUCGCCUACAACAACUUCUCCGGCCCCAUCUCCCCCGAUUUCAACAACCUCACCCGCCUCGGCACCCUCUUCCUGAACAACAACAACCUCACCGGCUCCAUACCCAACUUAAAUCUCCCCAAUCUCGCUCAGUUCAAUGUCUCUUUUAACCACCUGACCGGACCCGUCCCUUCGAAUCUGACCAGCCAGCCCCCCAGCGCGUUCUUGGGGAACUCGCUGUGCGGUGGGCCGCUUCUGCCUUGUAAUAACGGAACCCCAAGUGAGAGCGGGAGCGAGAGCAAGAGUAAAGCACUAUCCGGUGGCGCCAUUGCUGGGAUUGUGAUUGGGUGUGUGGUUGGGUUGUUGAUGAUUUUGGUUGUAUUGUUUUUUAUAUGUUGCAGGAGAAAGAAUGUUGAUAAGAAAUCAGGGUUUGAAGGGGUUGGUGGGGCGAAGCAGAGGGAAGUUGGUCAGAUUACUGGUGACAGAUCGGGGGAAGAUACUAAUGAGAGUAUGAGCGCGGUCGGGAAGAGCGCGGGGGGCGUGGGUUUGAGUGGGAGGAGUGGUGGUAAUGGAAAGAGUUUGGUGUUUUUUGGGAAAGGUGAGAGGGUGUUUGAUUUGGAGGAUUUGUUGAGGGCGUCGGCGGAGGUGUUGGGGAAAGGAACGUUUGGGACGGCGUAUAAGGCGGUCUUGGAGAUGGGUUUGGUGGUGGCGGUGAAGAGGUUGAAGGAGGUGGCGGUGCCGGAGAAGGAGUUUAGGGAGAAAGUGGAAGUUGUUGGAAGGAUGGAGCAUGAGAAUUUGGUGUCUUUGAGGGCUUAUUAUUAUAGCAGGGAUGAGAAGCUGCUUGUUUAUGAUUACAUGCCUAUGGGAAGCUUGUCUGCACUUUUACAUGGAAACAGAUCCGGUCGAACCCCAUUAAACUGGGAAACAAGGUCCGCAAUCGCCCUAGGAGCCUCACGCGGCAUUGCAUACCUGCACUUACAGGGCCCCUCUCUCUCCCACGGCAACAUCAAGUCAUCAAACAUCCUCCUCACUAAAUCAUACGAGCCCCGCGUAUCUGACUUCGGCCUUGCCCAACUUGUAGGCCCCAACACCUCCACUCCCAACCGCGUUGCAGGCUAUCGGGCCCCAGAGGUCACAGACACCCGUAAGGUCUCUCAAAAAUCCGACGUCUACAGCUUCGGAGUACUACUUUUGGAACUGAUGACGGGUAAGGCCCCCACGCAUGCCUUGUUGAACGAGGAAGGGGUGGAUUUGCCGAGGUGGGUCCAGUCCGUGGUUCGUGAGGAAUGGACCGUGGAGGUGUUUGACCCUGAGUUACUCAGAUACCAAAGUUUUGAGGAGGAGAUGGUUCAACUAUUGCAGCUCGGGAUCGAUUGUGUCGCUCAGUACCCAGAUAACCGUCCUUCUAUGGCCGAGGUGCAUAGUCGGAUUGAGGAGAUUUGUCAGUCUAGCUUACAAAGCAACCAAGAUACCCUUGAUGAUAUAGUUAAUGAUGGAGAUGAGCCUCAUCAGCAGGAUCUCUCUGUUGAUUCGGGUGCGCCACAUUCUUCGGUUGCAGAUUGAGGAGGGAAAAUAGAUUUUCCUACAUGCCCAUCGUGUCACAUUUGGCGCUGCGAUUGUUUUUUCUCAUUCUUUGUGCUCAAUUUUUCAUUGAGAAUCAACUUUGCGUCUUCUUUUUCGUAUCCUAUUUUUAGUGUUAUCGCAACAGUUACUUUUCCUAUCCUUUGGACUUUCAGAUUUCCAUGUAAUAUGGUUGUAGGGAGAAUUCUUGCUGCUAGUAUUUUUUUGGUGGUGGGAACAGUGGGCAAUUGCCAACCUGUACUUUGUUGGGAACAUGACCCUGUAAUUACCUUUCUUUUGUCUCUCCUUUUGCUUUUGCAUCAUAUUUUAUGGAUUUCAACUUUUUCCGCUGUAA